CAGCUUCUGGAGGAGUUGCCACGGAUAUAGCUGUGUUUUUCUCCAUGGAGGAAGGGGCCCUGGUGGAUGCUGAGGAAAAAGCCCUGCACCAAGAGGUCAUGCUGGAAAACGCAAAGAAUAUGGCCUCCUUAGGUGGUGAUGUGAAGAUAGAGGGUUCUAGCCAAGCAGUGGCAACACCUUUUCUAACAGUCAAAAAGGAAGAUGCGGAAAAGAUGAGUGAAAAGGAAAGGCUUGUGGAAAAGGAGGAGCUGAAGAAAUACUCUAGUUUCCAGUGUGCAGAUAUCGGCUCUCUCUUGCACAGUGAUGAUCCCCAAGAAAAAGGAGCAUGUCCAGGGUGCGGAAAAAUACCCAGAGAUGAAUUGGGAUUAUGUGAUUGUGUAGAGAAACAAAGUGAAAGCGGGGAAUGCUCGAGAAGGACCCUUCCUCUUACUUUUCAUCAGAAAAUACAAGAAGGAGAUAAACUGUACAAAUGCACGGAGUAUGUGGAAAACUUCGGUACAAGCCAUUCCCUCACAUCCCAUAAAAACAUUCCCAAAACAGGGGCUCCAUACAAAUGCCUGGAAUUUGGAGAAAACAUCAGUCAGAAAAGUCACCUGAAUUCCCAUCAGAGGAUCCACAAAGGGAGGAAGCGGCAUCAAUGCAUCACCUGCGGAAAGAGCUUCGGAAGGAGCACCUCUCUAACUUCCCAUCAAUGCAUCCACAGCAAGGAGAAGUAUCAAUUCAGGGAGGGUAGAAUGAAGCUUACCCAGAGCCAGGAACAGAAUUCCUGGAAAAAAAAACCCACUGGGAAUGAUUCAUGUAAAUGCCUGGAAUGUGGGAAGAGCUUCCGUUCUGCAACUCACCUCACUUAUCAUAAUAGGAUCCAUUCUGGGGAAAAACCAUAUCAUUGCACAGUGUGUGGAAAGAGCUUCACCCAAAAUGGCAAUUUCAAUUUACAUAAGAGGAUCCAUACCGGAGAGAAGCCGUAUAAAUGCACAGAGUGUGGAAAAUGCUUCAAGACCCCCGGUGCCCUUACUUCUCAUAAGACAAUUCACAUGGGGGAGAAACCCUAUGAAUGCCUGGAGUGUGGGAAAAGCUUUGCCAGAAGCGGUACUCUAAUCUUACAUAACAGGUUCCAUAAAGGGGAGAAACCUUAUAAAUGCCUGCACUGUGGAAACAACUUUAGUCAAAAAGUGCAUCUUCAGUCACACGAGAGGAUCCACACAGGGGAAAAACCAUUUCAAUGCAUGGAGUGUGGAAAGAGCUUCCGUGCCUCAGAAAAACUUACUGCCCAUCGCAGAAGCCACACGGGGGAAAAGCCCUUUCAAUGCCUGCAAUGUGGAAAGCGCUUUGCCAGUUCUGGUGGCUUUUAUGCCCACGAACGGAUCCACACAGGGGAGAAACCGUACAAAUGCCUGGAGUGUGGAAAGAGCUUCCGCAAAUCCAGCCACCUAACUUCCCAUAACAAUAUCCACACUGGAGAGAAACCAUAUCAAUGUUCCGAAUGUGGAAAGUGCUUUAAUCAAACAAGUAACCUUAAUAAACAUAAAAGGAUCCACACAGGGGAAAAGCCUUAUAAGUGCACCGAAUGUGACAAAUGCUUCACCGGCUCGGGGGGCCUUGUUUGCCACAAAAGGACCCACACCGGAGAGAAACCAUACGAAUGCAAGGAAUGUGGAAAAGGCUUUGGUCAAAAAAGAACUUUAAUAAUACAUUACAGAAUCCACACAGGGGAGAAACCAUACAAAUGCACAGCGUGUGGAAAGAGCUUCAGUGAUCCUCAAGAACUUGUUUCCCAUGAAAGGAUCCACACUGGGGAAAAACCCUAUAAGUGUGUAGUGUGUGGAAGGGGCUUUAGGACUUCCCGUGACCGUGGUUCCCACAAGCGGACCCACACAGGUGAAAAGCCAUACCAAUGUGGGGAGUGUGGAAAAUGCUUUAGUCAAAAUACUUCCCUUCACAUGCAUAGAAGAAUUCACUCAGGAGAGAAACCAUAUAAGUGUAUGGAGUGUGGAAAAUGCUACAGUCGUAGUGGUGCUUUUAACUACCAUAGGAGGACACAUACUGGUGAGAAACCAGAUAAAAGAGUUGAACGUAGAAAAGUAAUUAGUUAGAAUCAGUCACAUAAAAUCGGUAGAAAGAUUCAUUCACCGAAGAUGCCAUUAAAUGUAUCAAGCGUGGAAAGAGUUUUUUUUUUAAAAAAAAAUAAAACUUUAUUUUUCUUGUUAAAGGAUUUGCUCAUUGGAGAAACUACUAUGAAUAUCUCAAGGUGAUAAAGUGCUUCGGUGCCUCUUGUUUGCUUAUUCCCAUAAAUUGAUUUAGCUGGAAGAAACCGUAGAAAUACAUUGAAUGUUGAAAGUGUUUCUGAAGCACCAGAAACCUUACUUUCCAUACGUCUAUGGAGAUUCUCAGUCAUCCAGAUCAUGGUUGUCCCAAAGGUGCUUUUUCAGGAGGCAAUUGGA